ACAAAUUUAACGUGAUUUAUGCUAUGAGCACACAACAUUUCGCGGAUGACUUGAUACUUCAACAUUCCAUUUUACAAAGGCAUUGAUACAGAAAGACAAUGGCUGCUACUUUGUUGGCAUCAGAAGAAAAUUCACCUACAGACUCCCCGAUAGCUUCACCACUUCCGAGCUUAGAAUCUGAAGAACAUGCUUGUCCUAUUUGUGAAGAAAAACUAAGUCAGCCCAAGGUUCUUGAUUGUCUUCAUGUUUUCUGUCAGGCUUGUUUAGAAAAGGCACUGGAAGAGCCAACAGAUGGAGGAGAUGCUUCAUCUGGAUGCAUUAAGUGUCAGACAUGCAAACAGGAGACAAAGGUUCCACCCAAGGGGCUGGAGGACCUACAGUCCGAUUAUGUGACUGUAGAUCUUUUGGAGAUGUCUUCGAUUGAGGACAUGCAGAUUGUCUGUACCAGUUGUAAGGCCAAAGAAAAGGCAGUUGCCCGGUGCAGUGACUGUGCAAACUUCCUGUGUACGAACUGUGUGACAGCUCAUCAGUUUAUGAGAUGUUUUGAUAAUCACAAGGUGGUUUCAUUUGAGGAAAUACAGAAAGGAGAUGGACUUCCCAUCCACAAACCAAUAUAUUGUCCUUCGCACUCCUCUGAAACCAUGAGACAUUUUUGCAGCACGUGUGAGGUGCCCAUCUGUAAUGAAUGUUUGCUGACUGACCACAAAGUACCAGAACAUUUCUCUGAAAGAAUAUCUGAUAUUGAGGGGAAGUUCUUUGAUGAAGUACAGAAUCUGGUCACUGAAAGUAAGAGCAAAAUCAAGUUUUGUGAUGAGGCAACAAGCACUCUGGAAAAUGCUCUUAGUGAGCUACAGAUGCAGCGAGACAAUGCCAAGGGUCUGAUACAUGAAACAUUCCAAAGCUACAAGGCAAUGUUGGAGAAAAGAAGGGAUGACUUAUUUCAAGAAAUGGAAGAGUUGCACUCAAAGCAAGAACUUGGUAUCAUGGACUUGUUUCACAACCUUGAAAAGACAGUGGACAAAAUUGAAGAUGGCAGCAAAUUUGCAGACAUGGUUCUAAAGCAUGGCAAUGGAUUGCAAGUGAUUUUGAUGAAAAAGAUGAUAACAUCACAACUGCUCUCCUUAAUCAACAACACCCCAAUACCAGAUGUUUCUAUUUCCAUUGAGUUUCAUACAGAUACAGAUGUCUUCCAAGAAGCUGUAAAGAACUGUUUUGGUUCUUUCUCCCAACCAGAGGCAAAGAUUGAGGAUCCGCAGUCAACAUCACUGACAUCUUCCUUUGAAAAUGAGACCUUCAUGAAUCCAAGCAAUUUGCUGGGCCUUAACAAGUUUGAUCGUACACUGAUUCCUCCUUCCUCUGAAUUCAUGCCAAGUCCGAUGAUGACUCCUGCAUCCAUAAGUGAAACCAGUCUGCCAUGUAUACCCCCCUUGCAGAACAUGACUGGAGGACAUGGCAUUAUGGCCACAGCCAUAAGUGGAGGAUCACAGUCCUGUCAAGAAGCUGUCAGCCUAUCCCGUAAUUCCCACAGCCCAGCUAUGUCUGACAGUGGUAUAUCGGUAGAUACUGCCAGCAACAACAGCGGCUCCAGUGCACCAAUGUUGAACAACAUCCAAGCGUUGGCUAAACUUCAUCCUAUUAGUUUCAAUAGUCAAGGAAUACCCCCGAGUUCCAGUGGCGGUACUCCUACCCCAAUCAGUCAUACUGACCAAGCCAUGAUGAUUCAUCAACCUCCAACCCCUCGCUCACAGACGCCUACACUAGACUCUAUUGUGGACAUGCUGCACCAAUCCCAUAACCCCAGUAGAGGGCUUGGCAAUAUGUGUUCUAGUGGCAGUAUGGGGAGCAUAGGCAGUGUCAAUAGUAUUGGCACCAUUGGCAACAUGAUGAAUCCUCCAGCUCCAAUAGGAACUGAGAGAAGUGUAAGCAGUGUCAGUCCUACUGGAACCUCCAUCACCUACCCACCACCUGUACGUAGGGGCAGUAAAAUGAGUGCUAUGCAAAUAAGGUGCAAAUUUGGACAGUUGGGCCCAGGAAAAGGCCAGUUUAAUUCUCCUCAUGGAUUCUGUUUGGGAAUGGAAGAAGACAUCAUUGUUGCAGAUACCAAUAAUCAUAGAGUUCAAGUUUUCGAAAAAACUGGUGAAUUCAAAUAUCAGUUUGGUAUCCCAGGAAGGGAGGAGGGACAGCUUUGGUACCCACGCAAAAUUGCAGUCAUGAGAAGCAGUGGAAAAUAUGUGGUUUGUGAUCGUGGAAAUGAGCGCUCUCGCAUGCAGAUGUUUACGCGCAAUGGACAUUUCGUUAAGAAGAUAGCAAUCCGUUAUAUUGACAUUGUUGCUGGGUUAGCCAUCACAUCACAAGGACACAUUGUGGCAGUGGACAGCGUAUCUCCUACAGUCUUCUGCAUUGCUGAGACCGGAGACUUAGUCAAAUGGUUUGACUGUAGUGACUACAUGAGGGAACCCUCAGACAUAGCAAUAAGUGGCAAGGAAUAUUUUGUCUGUGACUUCAAAGGCCACUGUGUUGUUGUUUUCAAUGAUGACGGAGCAUUUGUUCGUCGAAUUGGCUGCGAAAAUAUUACGAAUUAUCCAAAUGGGAUAGAUAUCAGCGAUGCUGGAGAUGUCCUGAUCGGAGACAGCCACGGCAACAGAUUCCAUGUGGGAGUGUUCCAACGUGAUGGUUCCCUGAUAGGUGAAUUUGAAUGUCCCUACGUGAAAGUCAGUCGUUGUUGUGGACUGAAGAUCACUUCAGAGGGAUAUGUGGUGACCCUGGCUAAGAAUAACCAUCAUGUUUUGGUACUGAAUACUUUGUACAUUACUUAGGAACUUGAAGUGGACACUGGUGACUAUAUAAUUCUGUAGUUGCCUAAUUACUUAGGAACUUAAGGUGAACACUGGUGACUAUAUAAUUCUGUAGUUGCCUAAAACAGCUUUUGCUGUAUUUCACGGGAUGUUGUUGACAACUCAUGCCCAUGAUUAGUAGUUGUAGCCACAUGUUAAUGAUUUUUUUUCCCUUUUUUGUUUUUGUUUAUUUUUCAAGUUUACAUUUACUCCCCUUUUUUCAUUUUAACAAGUAUAAUUUAUAUUCCAGAUGAAUUACAGUGACACGUUUAUCUUGACAACCCGGUCUUGUUUUGAAUCCAAAACAUUCAAUUUAGCACAUAUAUAACAACUUAAUAUUUUCAGGUUGGGUUUGAUAUAUUAAAACAUUUGGUUUGCAACUAACAAAACAUAUUCUCCAUUGUGUUGUAAAAUCACUAGCAGUGUAAUCAGAUUCAUUGAGCAAUGAAAAGUGCACAUUUAUAUUCUGUACUGCAAGAAAAAAAUUAGCAGAAAAUGUAUAAAAAAAUAUUGGAGACCGAUCGAAGCUAUUUAUUAAUGGCUUUAGAAUAUAGAGCAUUAUGUAUACAACACAUGCUUAUCUCUAGUCACAUACUCGACCCUUUAUUAAUGAUAUAACAUGACCAGUUUUUUGCUGUGCCUUAAAGGGAUUAUGAUUUUUUUUCUUUGUUAUAUUUUAUCUGUGUUCAUUCUAAAAUAAUGAUGGCUUUAC